GCUUGGCUCACGGACAGAUCUGACUACUCUAUGCUAUAACGAUCUUGGCAGAUAAGAUAUCCACAAUCGAAGGAUCACGCGCCAUGUAAGCCAGACUCGCGUAUCUACGACCACUCGCUGGACCACUCGAUUGCACUGCCCAUUUUGUUUACACUGUUCUUACCUGAAUCUCUGAGCCACAAUGUGUACGACAAUCAAAAUCCCGCUGCAAAAACCAGUCUCCUGUCUACCACUACAAAAAGAAAUCGAGUUCCCCGUCAACUCCACCAAGCGACAACCACAUACAUCCACCUCUGCUUCUUUCCCGUCGAUUCGAUGAAGCUACCACUUCCGCUCCUUAGCUUAUUGCUGCCAGCCUUAUUCUGUGCUGCUUCAUCAACUCCGGCUCCACACCAAACACUUACUGCUCAGACUGCAACAAUCUCGCUGACCCAGGUCACCCCUCCCCCUCGACGCAAUGAUGACUUCGCCCGAGCAUCCUACCUAUAUCCUUAAAUCUUCCCCCAAUAUCAACCGCGAACACACUAUUCCACCCAAAACCUGCACGCCUGGCUGGCUUCAACUCGUAGGGUUAGGGUUUCCUAACCCUAGAACCCUGGUCCUGAGGGACAAGUUCCCGCGGACGCAUGUAAUGCACUGUGGGUAUACUUCCCGAACUUUGCGGCAGCAGUGGCUUUCGCUACCUUCCAUUAUAUAUCGCACAGCCUUCUGCUUGAUUACCAUCAUGGCUUCUCUUUGGGAGACUGGUGCUAAUGCUUUCCGUGCUCUCGGACCCAAAGAUCAGCAGUCCUCGGGUAUCACGACUAUCGCCCGGAUCUUGGUCUUGGUGGCUCCUAUCUGCAGAUCUUGAGUUGGCAAACGACUGUAUUAUUAUGUUCUGAGUUUUGGAUUUAGGGGUCAACGCUUUUGCAAAUAUGGUUUUCGCUCGCAUCGUCCACUUUUACUCGUCUACUCGCAAAGUAUUGGUUUUCUCGCCCUCAAUUCUGGCUCUUAUCUUCGUGACGCUUGACAUCGUAUCUUUUGUCAUUCAGCUUGUGGGUGGUGGCAUGGCUGGUCCUGGCGCAAGUGUGUUGUGCACAAACGAAGGGCUUGAGCAUCUACAUGGGCGGAAUUGGCACGCAGGAAGACUUCAUUAUCCUGUGGAU